AAUUAAAUACGCUUCCCCAUUCAAUUCUUCUCGUAUAAACUCUUGUAAUUCGUAAAAUUCCGGUGGCACUUCUUCUACUGGUUCAUCUUUUUUAAUUAAUUCUACCAAUUUUUCCCUAAUCAGUUCUUGCGCGCAUUUUAUUAUCUCCCCUUCCUCACUUCUCUCACCCCGAUCGGCGAGUUUUUCCUCUUCCCAUCCGAUGGCCUUUAUCUCUUCCUUACCCUGCUCUCUUCCUCUCUCACCACGAUCGGCGAGUCUUUCUUCUUCUCGAAUUACCCAUCGCAAGUCCAUCAACAAUCGUCCAAGUAAGUUUUCUCCAGUCAUGUUGUCGUUGCGGAUACAAUUCUCAAGUCUUCUUUCAUCCCUAAUGUCUACCCCUAUCCCCCAUGUUCUGUUGACUGAACAUUCGAGGAUUGGCAUUUCGCCCGUCUCCAGCAAAGCUCUUCUUGCGUUGUUAUCUUGAUGGUAUUUUGCUUCCAACGCUGCAAUCAUAACCUGUUCUCUUCUUCUAUUCCACUCAGCCUGAUUGAAAUAUUGAGAGUCUUCGGCGGCACGCUUCAUCGCGGCAGGUGUUAAUUGUCCGCUCUUGAUUUCAUCAGCCAGUCUUUGAUCUCCACAGGACAACGCUUUAUGAUAGCAGUAGUACUGUUCUGUGCUGGUCCAUUGAUGUUCUUCCAAUUCAAAUCGUGUUGCGUGAAAAUUGGAUAAAUAAUAGUCCCUUCCAAAAAAGCAUGCUGCUCCAGCGAUGAUUGAACAGUAAGGUGGAGUAGGCAAGUCCGGAUGUUGUUCUUCUCUUCUUUCCCUUUCUUCUUUUCUUCUUUUCUCCCCCCGAUCGGGGAGGUCAUGACUACUUCCUUCUUCUCCCCUCUCACCACGAGCGGUGAGGAUUGGGGUUUCUUCUCUUUGCCUCUUUGCCGGUGGGUCCGGUUGCCUUGCUUCCCUUGGCCUUUCUUCUGCCCUCCUUCCUCUUCGUUCUCUUCCGCGCCGCCACUCUUCCAACCUAGCUUGCUCUCUUCCCCAUUUAUUUCCAGAUCCAGCAUUAUAUUGACGUUGUUCGAUAGGGAUAUUCCAACUUGCUAAUUGUAAUAAGAGGCUGUGGUAGUGAGGCGUUUCAUCAUAAAAAUAUAUUUCUGGCAAGUCUGUUGGUCUGCUCAUACCGUGGCGGAUAACCCACAUACAAAGUUUGUUGUUUGAAUAUCUUCUUUGUAAUUCCCGUAAACUUUCCAUUAAAUCCGUUGUUUGGACUUCCUUCCACACUAUGAUCGCACGAACGCGAUUAGUUACUUCUAACUCGUCCCACAAGCGGGAUCCCCACUGAUCUGUAGUAUACACCAUGGCUUUUAAACCCUCUUCUUUCAAGUAAAGUCGAAAAUCUGC